UUGGAGCCAGUGGCCUCGAGCCGAGCAGCGUCGUCAACAGGGAGGGAGCGGGAGACGGCCGAGAAGAAAGCACCUGGAGCUGAGGGGAAAUACAGAUGGUUAUCUUCUCAAUUUCCUCUGGCGUGAUUCACUAAUUUGUUUGUAUGUUUUACCCUGCACGUCAAUAAUUUAAAGAAAAUGGAAAUGGACGAUGGGGUAGUUUACCAGGAUGACUCCAAUACCAAUGUUAUGUCGGAGCGGGUGUCGGGCCUGGCGGCCAGUAUUUACCGGGAGUUCGAGCGGAUGAUCCGCAAAUACGACGAGGACGUGGUGAAGGACCUGAUGCCGUUGGUGGUCGGUGUGCUGGAGAACCUGGACGCAAUGUUCGCCGAGAACCAGGAACACGAGGUGGAGCUGGAGCUAUUGAGGGAGGAUAACGAGCAGCUGAUCACCCAGUAUGAGCGGGAGAAAGCCCUACGGAAGCACGCCGAGGAGAAAUUCAUUGAGUUUGAAGAUUCUCAAGAGCAGGAGAAGAAGGACCUUCAGAUUCGUGUGGAGGUGUUGGAAUCGCAGACGCGACAGCUUGAACUCAAGGCAAAAAAUUACGCAGACCAGAUUGGUAGGUUGGAAGAACGAGAGUCUGAACUCAAGAAAGAAUACAAUGCACUUCAUCAAAGACAUACAGAGAUGAUCCACAAUUACAUGGAGCACUUGGAACGAACCAAACUUCACCAGUUGCUCGGAACAGACCUGCAGGAACCUGGAAUUCAUAACAGAGUUAGGAGAGAACCACCUCGUUCCUUGGGUCUCUUUCAGUUGCCUGGAGGAGAUGUUCUUCUUACACCAGAUGCAGCAAGGGAAGGAACAGAAACACCUGGUACAGAAACCUGGAGGUUCAAUGACCUUAGCCAACCAAGAUCCAACACCAGCUUAAAAGAUGAACUCUCUGAUGCCAGCCAGGCCUCCAGCUUGGUGCCAACAAAUCCAAAUACUCCAAUAUCAGUCCCACCAGACCCUGCUGUGGGUGAUUCAGCUUCUCCAAGAAAGGAAAGCUUGAAGGCUGAAGGGUUGUCAAAAAAUUUAAACCAAGCAAGCAAGAAACCAGACAGCAAGAAAAAUAUUGAUGUGCAGGUACAGCAGGAGACCAGAACUUUAGCAGUUGGUAUGAUUGAAAAUGAAGACAAAUCUGACGUUCAGGCCAUCAUUGACUCGACACCCGAAUUAGAUAUGGAUCGUGAUCUUAGUGGGUACAAAGGAGCAAGCACGCCAAGCCAGGGAAUAGAGAAUAAGGCAUUUGAUCGGAACACAGAAUCUAUUUUUGAUGAACUGUCCCAGUCUGCUUCUGAACUGAUUGGUGACGUGGAUGAGGGGGCAAAUUUGCUUGGUAUGGGUCGUGAGGUUGAAAAUCUCAUUCAGGAAAACACACAGCUGCUGGAGACCAAAAAUGCCUUGAAUGUGGUGAAGAAUGAUUUGAUAGCUCGGGUUGAUGAAUUGACAUGUGAAAAGGACGUGCUGCAAGGAGAGCUGGAGUCGGUCAGACAAGCCAAACUGAAGUUGGAGGAGAAGAAUAAAGACUUGGAGGAAGAACUAAGGAAGGUACGGUUAGAGGCUGAAGAAGCAAAGAGCAGAGCUAAGGAGGAUUCUGAUGAGAGUGAUGUCCCCACUGCUCAGAGAAAGCGCUUUACUCGUGUGGAGAUGGCCCGUGUUCUCAUGGAACGUAACCAGUAUAAGGAGCGGUUGAUGGAGCUACAAGAAGCUGUGCGAUGGACAGAGAUGAUCCGUGCCUCAAGGGAAAACCCAUCCAUUCAAGAGAAAAAGAAAUCGACUAUCUGGCAGUUUUUUAGCCGUUUGUUCAGUCCAUCAAGUAAUACAACCAAGAAGCCCAUCCCACCAGUCAAUGUUAAAUAUAAUGCACCAACCUCCCACAUCACUCCGGGCGUGGUUAAGAAGAGAAGUGGUGCAUUAUCUCAGUUACCCAGUGACAAGUCAAAGGCUUUUGAUUUCCUUAAUGAAGAUGAGAAUACUUCAGCUAUACGUAGGGAGCAGAAGAGGGAACAAUAUCGUCAAGUAAAAGCUCAUGUACAGAAAGACGAUGGCCGCAUUCAAGCCUAUGGUUGGAGUCUGCCUCCAAAAUUUAAACAGGGGACAAAUGGUGGUCCAAGUGACAGCAAGAUGAAGAAUCUGCCUGUACCAGUGUAUCUGCAACCUUUGGAUGACAAAGAUACUUACAUGAAGUUAUGGUGUGCAGUUGGUGUUAACUUGUCAGGAGGAAAAACUCGUGAUGGUGGCUCAAUCUUUGGUGCUAGUGUGUUUUACAAUGAUCUAUCCAGUUCUGAACCAGAAGGCAAUAAGCAGCGGAGAGGAUCUCAGAGCAGCUUGGAUCGGUUGGAGCUGGAGCUUAAAGAGCAGGAGAAGGAACUGAAGCAUCAGGAGGAGCUGUCUAGCCUGGUUUGGAUAUGUACGAGCACACAUUCUACCGGCAAGGUAGUGGUUAUAGAUGCCAACCAGCCUGCAAAGAUCUUGGACAGUUUCUUUGUGUGCAACUCUCACAUCCUGUGCCUUGCCAGUGUACCAGGUGCUCGAGAAACAGACUAUCCUGCUGGAGAAGAAAUUCCGAUGGAUGCUGAGGGAAGCCAGGCAGAAUGUGCUUCUUUAGCUGGAAGUGUUGCCAGUAACAGUUCAGCUGGAAGUGACAAUCUGUUGGGUGGAAUCACAGUAGUUGGUUGCACUACUGAAGGUGGUGCUGUACCUCAGACCACACGCACUCCUGCCAGUUCUUCGCCCAUCCUUGAAGGAGAGUCAGGGGAAGUUGGUACAGUGAGCGUCAGCCCUGACGGAAGUUUGCCAGCAGCAGAAGAGGCCACAGAAGCCACAGAAUCCAAUCUAAACCUUCCACUGUCAGAUGAUGAUUUAACUGAUGCCAGUCAGUCUGGAGCUUACACAGAACAUGUUUUUACAGAUCCUCUGGGAGUACAGAGUUCAACAGAGAGCACACAGAUGUUUAAUAGACGGGAAUCUGACCUGUAUAAAGAUGGUGUAUCUGCACUUCCACAGGAUCAAGAUCUGAUGCGUGAGGAAGCAGAGAAGAUGAGUAGCGUUUUGCCAACAAUGUGGCUUGGCGCACAAAGUGGUUGUUUGUAUGUCCAUUCCUCAGUAGCUCAGUGGAAGAAAUGUCUUCACUCCAUUAAACUGAAAGACUCUAUUCUCAGUAUUGUACAUUUAAAAGGAAGAGUAUUAGUAGCAUUGGCUGAUGGCACCUUGGCAAUCUUUCACAGAGGAGUAGAUGGCCAAUGGGAUCUAACUAACUAUCACCUUCUGGACUUUGGCCGGCCUCAUCACUCCAUUCGCUGUAUGACUGUUGUACAUGAUAAAGUAUGGUGUGGUUACAAGAAUAAAAUCUAUGUUAUACAACCAAAGGCCAUGAAAAUCGAGAAAUCCUUUGAUGCCCACCCACGGAAGGAAAGCCAGGUGAGACAGUUGGCUUGGGUGGGAGAUGGGGUGUGGGUUUCCAUCCGUCUAGACUCUACCCUUCGCCUUUACCAUGUACAUACCUACCAGCACCUACAAGAUGUAGACAUUGAACCGUAUGUCAGCAAAAUGUUAGGUACUGGGAAACUUGGUUUCUCUUUUGUGCGAAUCACAGCUCUCAUGGUAUCCUGCAACCGUCUGUGGGUGGGCACAGGCAAUGGUGUAAUCAUCUCCAUCCCUCUCACAGAAACUGUAGUUCUCCACCAGGGACGGUUACUGGGUCUGAGGGCCAAUAAAGCUUCAGAGGGAUCUGGAAACCGUCCUGGAAAUGUCAUCCGUGUCUACGGAGAUGAAAAUAGUGACAAGAUCACCCCUGGCACAUUUAUACCUUACUGCUCUAUGGCACAUGCUCAGCUGUGUUUCCAUGGACACCGGGAUGCUGUAAAAUUCUUUGUGGCAGUUCCAGGUAUGCCAUUUGGUGACGAGCACUCAUUUGAAAAAUUAGGAGCUUCUGCACCUGAUGGGUCCAGCCAGCAGUCAGUGAGAUCAGUGCUGGUUAUGAGCGGUGGUGAGGGCUACAUUGACUUCAGAAUGGGUGAUGAGAGUGAAGAAACGGAGGAGCUCAGGGAGACGUUACAGAUUCAGCCUUCACUGGCCAAAGCAGAGAGAAGUCACUUAAUCGUGUGGCAAGUCAUGUUCAACGAUGACUGAAUGGCACAACUUUAUGACAGAAUGACUGUGUACAUGAAAACCUUGCAUGUUGUUUUAAUUUGGUUUAUUUUUGUUUCAAUUUCUUCACCGCAUUGUGUUUGAGCAGUUCUUCACCAUGGUUCCUCAGUUUGCAUGGUGAAGUUAAGAGAGCAGGCAGUAAGUAUCUCUGAGCUGUUCUCUGUCCUUGUCCUUUCUACAGGGUCUUCCUACUGUUAAAAGACAGCGCUUGCUGAGCAUAGUCACUUCACUUCAAUGAACAUAGGCUGCCUUAGUAAAACAACAGGUGUUAGUUCUUAAGGGUUAUUUUGCUAACACUAUUCUAAAGAACUAAUUUGUAUUUGCAAUGAUUAUAAAGAAAGCUAUUUAUUUCUGUGUGGGUGUUAUCACGGUUACCAAAGGAUAUUAACCCGGAGUAGCACUCAUGUCAAAUGAUUAAUAGAGAGAGAAAGAGAGCCAGUCAAUCAGUCAGUCUUGUUUUAGAGCCUUCUGGUGUUUAGAGGAAUAUCAUCCAGUUCAGGUCAGUUUUCUUCCUUGCAAUUUAUUGUAGAAAACUCUGGACACACUUGACAGGGAAAGUUAACAACCUGUGCUGCACCUCAGAAUCAUUUUAUACACACUACUAAAAUGUCUUCUUUUCUCUAACAGAAAUGCUUUCAUUAUAUUGACAAUUUUGUUGAGAAAGAAACAUUUGUCUCUCUAAGCAUAUUUUAAAAAAAAUACAAAUUUUAUGGUCUGUAUUUUUUUUUGUAAGUUGACCUCUUUAGACACUUUAUCUUGUAUUUUAAUUGCUCUGUAAUUUGAAAACUGAAUGCUCCGGCGUUGAAUUGCUCUCUGUUGAAACCCAAGGCUUCAUUAUGGUGAGCUCAAUAGCUCAUAUUCCAGUGUAGCCAUUUCAGUAUUUAUUACCUAUUAUUAAUGAACCUUUGUGGUUCAGAAUGUAACUUUGUACAAGAAAAAUAUAUAUAUGUAUAUCAAAGAA